AUGGCGGAAUUGCAGACUGUGUCGUCGUGGAGGACGCGCCCGUCUGCACAAGACGGUCUCUUUCUGGCCGCCGGCUUGGCUUCAUGGAUCUUUCUUCUGGUCCUGCCGGUGAGGCUGCGACAACUGCAUUUGGCGUCAGUCAAGGUCAACACCUCUCGCCUUGCCUUUUACAAGAUUGCUGCCUCGUUUCUGCUCAUCGCCGCCUGUUUUAGCUCGGCCUUCAUCUUGGCGCGCAGGGACACCUCCGACUCGUUUGCAGCUCAAUGGAGCCUGUACGGUGGACCGGCCGCGUCCGUAGCGGUCGCCAUCCUCUCCUUCCAGGAGCACCGCCGAAACCUUCGCCCGUCCAACACAAUCGUGCUGUAUCUCGUGGCAACGCUUAUUAUCGACUUGAUGUCGCUGGCUGUCCCAUUGCGCUUUGGCUGGCCGACUACAUUUUACGGGGCCAAGACUUUCGAGGCCACGGCCAAGGGAACGUUACUUUUCCUCGAAAGCCGUAGCAAACAGCGUAUCCUGCGCGAGGAAUUUCACGAUUUGCCUCCCGAGGAACUAGCUGGCGUUCUCAGCUUGACGUAUUUCUGGUGGCUUCAUGACUUGCUGCAGUUGGGCUACGACAAAGUUCUGUCGCCAGCCGACCUUCCUCGGAUGGAUAGCAAGCUCGAAUCGGAUCCGUUGCGGCAGAAAAUACUGGCCGCAUGGGAAACACGAGGUAGGUCUAUUCAGGAACAACAGGCGGCAUACUACAUGGCCCUAACCCAAUGUGCUUUGGUUCUAGAGACUCCCGACAAACCAACGACACUCCCUCGCGUCUUGUUCAGUUGCUUUUCGGUGCCAAUCACGCUCGUCGCGAUUCCACGGCUCUUUCUUAUUCUAUUUCAAUUUUCACAGCCUAUCUUGAUAAGCAGGGCAAUUUCUUUUGUCCAAGGACUCGCCCAAGAGCAGAGCAUUGAUGAUAAUGCAUCCGCUGCAGGAUCUUGGAUUGUCGUGGCGGCCGGCUUUGUCUACUUUGGUCUCAUGACAUCUACCGUUGUCUAUCGCCACCUACUCGAUCGCAUCCAAGUCAUGCUCAAGGGUGCCCUCGUUGGCAUCAUUCACCAAAAGUCUUUAACAGGACGCAGCCAUGCAUAUGACGAUGGAAAAGCCUUGACCCUUAUCAGCACAGAUGUUGUCGAGAUUGAGGGUGCUGCUGAGAUGUUUCACGAGUUGUGGGCAUUCUGUCUCGAAGCAGCCGUCGGCUUCUCCAUGCUUGCCAUGGAGAUUGGCUGGCUGUGGCCGUUGCCAGCGGGUAUUGUUUUUGGUAGGUUUGUACCUUUAUGCUGCUCUUCCAAUGCCAUACACAAAGCUAAUACCGGCAUGUCAGUCUUCUCCCAGACAAGCCGUUAUGCGGUGAAGCCUAUGAAGGCGAGGCAAACCGCGUGGAACGAAGCGACACAGAAACGGCUGUCCAUGACAAGUUCGAUCCUUGGAGCGAUCAAAAGUGUCAAGAUUCUCGGGAUGCAGACGGCCGUCGAAGAUGUGAUCCUACAGCUUCGCGAGAACGAGCUCCUUGCAGCAAAGGGCGUGCGCUGGGUGAAUGUGCUCUACAACUCGAGCGCAAACGCUUUGGGUCUUUUCUCGCCUGUCUUGACUGUUGCCCUCUACGCAAUUCUCGCGUCGGCGCAUGGCAAAGAGUUUGACACGAGAACCGCAUUCACGACAACGGCCAUUCUGUCCAUGAUUACACACCCAAUCAACAUGGUCAUGACCAUUCUACCCCGGAUUGCAGCAUCCAUGUCGAGUUUUGAGCGCAUCCAGACGUAUCUGCUGAGACCAAGCGUGGACGACAAGAGAGUAUCUACCGAGCAUGAAGACAUUUCCAGAACAUCGGAUGCAGUGGUUUUUACGGAUGUCACCAUUCCCGACCAGCAAAGCUCGAAGCCUAUUCUCCAGUCUGUGAAUUUCAGUAUCGCAAAGGGAUCACUUGCUAUUGUCGCUGGGCCUGUCGGAGCUGGCAAGACUCUACUAAUGCACAGUAUCCUGGGAGAGACUAUAUUCAGCAAAGGAACGGUAGCUGUGUCUUCAUUGAAAAUGGCGUUUUGCUCGCAGACCGCGUGGUUGCCAAACAGAACGAUCCGAGAAUGCAUCCUGGGACUCGACGGAGGUGUCCACAUUGACCAGACACGGUAUGACAAAGUGCUAGAUGCCUGCUGCCUGCUUGAGGACUUUGGUGCCCUUCCAGACGGAGAUCAAACAGUUGUUGGUACCGGCGGCCAAAAUCUCUCCGGUGGCCAGCGGCAACGAGUGGCCAUUGCUCGAGCUGUUUAUUCCAAACUUGAUAUGUUCGUUUUUGACGACAGCUUCAGUGCCCUGGACAGCAAAACACAGAGCGCCGUUAUCAACAAUUUACUUGGACCCAACGGUCUUCUGCGUAACAGCAGCAUGGCCGUCAUAUGGGUAACUAACAACCAGUCGUACUUCCACCUUAGCGACAAGGUCAUCUUGCUUGCAGAUGGCACUGUGAAAUAUCAAGGCGAUUUGCAAGAUAGUGACAAAGCUGUUCUUGGGCAGAUGUUCACGGAUACUACGCUUGCUAGUACCAAUUCGGAUGAAUAUACUGAAAACGAUACGAUACAGGCAGACGCCUCACAGCCCCAAAAGGCGAGCCCAAAAGGACCUGCUGCUGCUAUAGACUAUCAACAAAAAGAUGGCGAUCGUUCAUUAUACAAGUACUACAUCUUGUCUGCAGGUAUUGGCAACGUUUCCCUUGUCGUCCUUUUGACGGCAACGUUGGGCUUUUUCUUGACGAUGCCGGCUCUUUACUUGAAGUGGUGGACGGAAUCGAAACCUUCAAAUACUGUGCUAUAUGCUUCGGGAUACGUUUCCAUGUUGGUUGUCGCAUGGAUGGCCACGACCCUAUUGAAAUGGGCUGAUAUUAUACUCGUUGCGGGCCGGUCUGGCGAAACUUUGCAUCGUCGUCUUCUCCGGUCGAUCUGCAAUGCCCCUCUCUUCUUUUUCUCCAACACGGACCUCGGAACUGUUUUGAACAGGUUCACCCAAGACAUCCAGCUUGUUGACAAAAAGAUUUCCGUUGCAAUGAGCAGCUUUCUAGCUCAGUGCUUUAAACUUCUGAUGCAGGUCAUUGUCCUUGUCAUCUCGCAGCCCCUCCUGGGUGUGACGUUGCCGAUCUGCGUUGCAAUUGUGUAUGUGGUGCAAAAGCGGUAUCUACGCACGUCAAGGCAACUGCGACGAAUAGAGCUCGAGUCCCAAUCUGCAGUGUACUUUAACAUUCUGGAGACAGUCAGCGGUGUUCAGACCAUCCGUGCGUUUGGCUGGCAGGAUGCCAUGGCCCAGGAGAAUGCCGUGUCGCUUGACAAUUCUCAACGGCCGGUCUACCUCACGCUGUCUCUCCAACGCUGGCUGAACGUCGUCCUGGACGCGGUUGUUGCCUGUAUUGCUGUUGGUACGGUCUGGCUGGCAGUGUGGGGGGCACUUGCAGGGGGCUCGCCCUCGCAGCCCAUCAUACGACUGAGUCCGUCAGGUGGACAGAUUGGUGUGGCUUUGAACAUUAUCCUUGUGACCAACACGACGCUCCUUCGCCUGAUCCAGACGUGGACAACUCUGGAAGUGUCAUUGGGGGCUGUUGCACGACUUCGAGAAGCAACACACGAGACGCCACAGGAGGAGUCUUUGCUGGACAAGGAUGCGAUCGAAGCCAAUGGCGACGCUGGAGGGCGGCUACCGGCAAACUGGCCAAGUACUGGGAAGAUCGAACUCGCCAAUGUGACGGCAUCCUACAGUCAAGAUACACCUGUUCUCAACGGGGUGAACUUGAGCAUCAAUCCGGGCCAGGUAGCUGUUAUCUGCGGGAGAACAGGGAGUAUAACCCUUGCUUUCGCUGACCGUGUCGUUAGUGGAAAGAGCUCUCUUCUCAUGUCUCUCCUGCGACUUUUAACUGUACACACGACCGGCAGCAUCACCAUUGACGGCAUCAACCUGGCCGGUCUCCAGCUCGACGACAUCCGCGAGCGCGCAUUUGUGACUGUGUCACAAGAUCCGUUUCUCCUCCCCGGCGCCAGUCUCCGUUUCCACUUGGACCCAACCGAAACGCUGCCGGACAGAUCGUUGGCUGAGGCACUGCAGAAGACGGGGCUGCUCAGCUUGUUUGUCGGCAGCAGUUACGAUGAGCACGGUGGCGAUGUUGUGGAUGGAGCGACCGCCUCGCUAUGGGACCGGGCGCUUUCGUCAUUCCCCGUGCUCUCGGCCGGCCAAGCACAGCUUCUGUCACUGGCCCGUGCUUUGCUCCAGCUGCAAACCCGGUCCUCCGUUUCUUCCGAGAUGUACUCGGACCGCGAGCACGGCAAGCGCAUGCCCAUCGUUCUGUUGGACGAGAUCACGGCGUCACUCGAUGCGGAGACGGAGGCGGCUGUGUAUGAUGUGGUGGAGGAGGUGUUUAUCAAAGGCCAGCAGGGUGCCGGCCACACGGUGCUGAUUGUGACGCACCGUCCGGCGGCGUUGACACGACGGCUCCGGCCGGGCCAAGAUGUCACUGUUUGGAUGAGCAGCGGCAAGGUGGAGAGAGUCGAGCCUGUUGAGGUCUAA